AUGGAGCUGUUCAAAGGUGAUGACUUCGCUGGCCGAUGUGGGGUUUUCCCUGAAACCAUAUUCCUGAAUACUGAGAACAACGGGCCCGUUUUCCAGAAGAGUCGAGUCUGGAGGGAACAACGUAGAGCAUUCCUGCGAAUCCUCUAUGAGUAUGGAAUGAAAAAGCACCUGCUGGAGGAGCAGGUGCUCGCUUCAGCCCAGGAGUUCCUCAAGCAUCUGUCCUCUCUGAACAACAAGGAGGAGCUCUGUUUGAAACGGCCUAUCCAGAUGUAUAUUGCGAACAUCAUCAACAAAGCGCUUUAUGGUUUCAGUUACGAGUAUGGCAAUUGUGAUCGAUUAAUGAGCCUUGUUGACAGUUUCUCCACCUUUGUUGACACUAUGAAGUAA